UCAGCUGUUAUUACCGGUACAUAACAGACAGAUUAUUACCUUUUGUUGAACAUUUCAAUACCAUUUUCUGCUCACGAACUAGCAAGCACACAUUGAAAUCUGUGCUAUCAAAAUAAGACGUCAGAAAAAUAUUCUUCCAGAUACCAACUGGAAACAUUUGCUUUUCGAAAGUACUGCCAUCUUACCCUUCUCUCAAAAGCAGCAGUUAUCAGAAAACAAGCGCCUUGCCAGGAAGAGAUAGAAGUAUGCAAAACAGAUUGCAAGAAGCACUAGAGCAUGAAAUAGAACAUGAGCAUCUUUAUCACUAAGUUUUCAAACCUUUUGUACAAAUACGGGGUAUCAGUUGAAUUUCACCACUUGCUCCUUCACUCUCAAGAGAAUUGUGCGUAUUUAGAUAAUAAAAUGAAGACGUCAUUUUUUGUUCCUCUGCUGUUAUUCUUCACAGUGUUCGUGCUUGCUUCUACUUCAGGCCAGGAUAUACAGGACUUCAACGAUCUGCACUGCAUGGGAGUUUACGAUCAAGACAAAUUUUCUUAUGUGAGCAGAAUAUGUGACAAGUGUUACGACCUCUUCAGAGAAGAUGAAGUACGGACUUUAUGCAGGUCCAACUGUUUCAGCAGCAGCGGCUUCAAACAAUGUGUAGACGCCUUAGUACUGCAAGAUGAUCAACUGAUGUUAGCCAAGAUAAUUGAAGAACUUCAUGGAUAAUGAAGAACCUGAUGAUGUUCAUUCCACUCUGGAACCAAAAAAAAUUCACUUGCGUCAAAUUUAUAAUUUAUAAUAAAGAAUUUUUUCUGGUUGUU